UCUGGUAACUGGAACGCAAAGGAAAUAGCUUACAAUCCACUGUUACCAUCUAUUACCACACGCUUUGUACGUAUCCAUCCAAAAGAAUAUCAUCGUUAUCGAGCUAUCAGAGUGGAAUUUAUCGGAUGUUACUCUGGGGACGAAGGUUAUCGGCGGCUAAAACCUUUGGGUAUGGAAAAGUCUGAAAUAACUGACGCUCAACUAAAGGCGUCGUCAUAUCAUUCGAAUGGAUGGUACGUACAUCUCGGUCGUUUGAACAACAACGUUGGUAGAGUUUCCUGGUUGGCUGGAUUAGGUGACUUGGAGAAAUGGUUCCAGGUGGAUUUUAUCCUAAUUGCUACCAUAGUUGAAAUUUGGACACAAGGAUCAAAUAAAAAUUACGCAGGCGAAUGUUAUGUGAAAACAUAUCAUGUGCAUUAUGCAUAUGAGAACGAGUUUCAAGAAUAUACUGAAGAAGAUGGUUCAACAAAGGUUUUUUCUGGAAAUUUUGACGUUCACAACCCCGUAGUUAACUCGUUCUCUCCAGCAAUUGUGGCUCGGCUCAUUCGCGUUUAUCCCAAAACAGCGCAUCACCAUCCUUGCUUACGAUUAGAGUUCUGGGGAUUUUACAAAGAGUGUUCAAAUGCUGGACCAUUGGGAAUGCAAGACGAAAGAAUUCUGAACAAUCAGAUAACGGGCUCGUAUGAAUAUCCACAUCCUCCUUAUCAUCCUUAUAAUGCCAGACUUAACUGGAAGGCAGGCUAUCACUGGUGGGGUGGGUCUGACCAAGGGGCCUGGUUGCAAGUAUCUUUUCAACGUUUCGCUAAAGUAGUGGAAAUUGCGACACAAGGUCGCUGGGGAGAAAGAAACGAUCACUGGGUUAAGACCUAUUCUCUAUCAUAUGGGAAUGAUGGAAAACAUUUCUAUGACUAUGCUUACAAAGGAACCACAAAGGUAUUCAAUGGGAAUUUUGAUAGAGUUUCUGUUGUUAAUCGUCUUGUGGACCCGCCUAUUGUUACGCGUUACAUUCGUAUUCAACCUCUCACAUGGAAUCAAUAUAUAACUCUAGCAGUUGAGUUCUAUGGAUGCUAUUUAGGAUAUUCAGAUUCCUGUGAAAAUAUACCUGGCCGCAAGCCUCUGGGGAUGGAAAAUUUUCAAAUUAAAGAUUCUCAAAUAAAUGCAUCCAGUGAAUUCAGAAAACAAAUGGGCGCUGUGGCUGGGCGAUUGAAUUUUUUCGCGGAUGGCACGCUAGGGGGCGCCUGGGGUUCACUGGUUCCAGAUGACAAUCAGUGGUUUCAGGUUGACUUUCUUCGUACAAUGAAAGUAACUGGUGUGGUGACUCAAGGUCGGCAUGCUAAUCACGCCAAAGAGUGGACCAAAGAAUACACUCUGUGUUUUAAAGAAGGAAGUGAUGAUGAUGAUGUUAAUUUUCAGUUUUAUAAGAAACAAGGUCAGAUAGAGAAAUUUAUCGGGAACACCGAGAGAGAAAGCAUUGCAAUAAACUACCUGGAUCCAUACAUCAAUGCAAGAAUUCUUCGUAUUAAUCCUAAAUCCCAAACUUCCCCAAAGUGGCAUGCCUUGAGAGUUGAAUUUUAUGGAUUUGAAGACGCCCUUAUUGACGGAGAAUAUGCUGAUGUGGAGAAAAGAGUGACAGCGUCCUCAUGGCUCGACCAUCGUCAUCAGCCAUAUGAUGGUAUUAUUUCAGGAAAAUUGGAUUCCACAUCCUGGACACCGGCAGUAGAACAGAAGAAGGAAUAUAUACAGGUGGAUUUGCUCCAACCAACACCUCUGGCAGGAGUUGAAUUGCGCGGAGCUGCAGAUUUCCCAAGCGAUUCUUACACCGAGCUCUUUAUGUAUCAUGGUACUAUUGAGGAAAAAUGGGAACUUCUGAAAGACAAAUACGGAAAAAAAAUGAGAUUGCUGACGUCAAUUUGUUACCAAGAGUUCGACUACUACGUCCUCGCCCGAUACGUCAGACUCCUGAUUACAAGAUGGGGAAGAAGAACCUCGUUCAGAUUUCAGUUGCAUGAAAUAAAAGCAUAUGAAAGGACAAAUGUUGGUAUUGAAAAAGGGAUAAUAAGGGAUGAUCAACUAAAAUCCUCUAAUCACCCCGAGGAUCCAAAUCCCGCAUACGAAGGAAGAUUAAAUUUCCCUGGAGCUUGGUGUGGAAACACGCUACGCAAGCACCUGUAUCUCCAGGUUGACUUCUUAGCAAAUAUCCAAGUCCACGCUGUUGCAACCCAAGGAAAGUUUAUUGAUGUUUUGGAGUACGUAAAACAGUACAAAAUAUCAACUACCUUGAAUGAAAUUAACUGGAACGUGUACAAGGAAGAUGGAACCGUCAAGCUGUUUCCUGGGAACAGGAACUGUCGCUGUUCUCAUAAAAACUUUCUAAAACCUUUCUUGACUCGGUCUGUAAGAAUUCUUCCAACGUCUUGGGUGGGAAGACCUUGCAUGAGAAUUGAAGUAUUUGGCGUUUAUAAAGGUAUUCUCACAGUUCAUGCGCGAUCUGGUACAGUCUUUAACAAAGAAGGCAAAGUUAUGACGCGUCAGAGUUCUAUUAAGUUGAACGGAAAAGAAGUCAUCGAUACACAAACUGGUUACAAUAUUGUCGUAGCAAACUACAUCACUGGUGAGCUCGUAACUUCGACUACACUACGUCCAGAAUCAGAGAUGAAACAAAUGAACGACUUUCUAAGAAACAUCUCAGAUAGAUCAGUCGUUGUUAUUUCCACACAAAACGUUACAGAAUUACCACGAGACGAUACUCUUUCUCUUUUGGAAACACUCGGGGCUAUCAGACUGCGUUAUUCCAUGGCAUCUGAGCACGGAUCAUGGAUUCUUGUUGGGUAUAAAGGUCAAGACCAAGUCGAUUGGAUUGCUGAGAAAAUUGGAAACAGCAGAGAAACCAUUAAAGUCGCUGUAUUCGUACCUCUUAACCAAAGAAAAUUGAAGCCAAAAGUUCAAGAAUAUUUUCAAAACCCUUCAGAAGGCAUUGCUGGAACAGAAAUGAGCUUGGAGGGACGUCAUACGCAGUUUCUUUACAAUAUCAACUCAAGCUGUGGCUCAAAUAAUACUGAGUGUCGCGAAAAGUUAUCACUGGGUUUUUGGAUGAAAAAUGAUGUUCCAAAAUACACCCAAAUGACUACAAGCAUGUCAAAGCACGAACGCUUCGUGUUCAAAUACUAUUCAAACGGUUAUAAAUUCAUCGUACCAAAACAAAGCCUGACCUGGUACAACGCACGCUCACACUGUCUCGCAAUGAACACGGAUCUGGCGAUUAUUCCUGAUGAACAUGCAAUGAAAGUUAUUGAAGAUAUUGCUGAACGCGAAGGCAUUGGUAUAAUUUAUAUUGGAUUAACCAGACAUCCAAACAACUUGCAUGAUUUUCGUUGGGUCGAUGGUUCCGAAUUGGUGUUUACACGUUGGCAGGUUCAUGAACCUAAUAAUGUAAAUGAAAAAUGUGUGACGUUUUUAAUUGGAAGCGGCUAUAAUGAUUUCCCGUGCGACAUUGCUCCAAAGCGUUUUAUAUGUCAGCAGCCAAUUGAAGAUAUCACUGGAUUGCAGCCGUUGGGUAUGGAAAACGAUUUUAUUCCUGACAGUGCGAUCAAUGCUUCAUCAAUAAUAAACGUUUGGCAUGACAAAUAUUAUGCUAGACCAAACACACAGAGAAAUGAUCCACGGAGCUGGUGCGCCGAUACUAACAAUGGUGACAACCGGCCGUAUCUGCAAGUUGAUCUCAGUGAUAUAAAAAAAAUCUGUGGGGUGGGAACUAUGGGCCGUGGUCAAAUCCACACACAUCGUGGCUACCCAGUUUCCUACUUCAUACAACUCAGUAAUGAUUCCUUCAAUUGGACUUUUGUAAAGCAAGGACUUGAUAAAAAGGUAUUCCAAGCGAACGAGGACGAAAACUCGAUGGUAAUUAAUCGUUUUCAUCGAGCAUUUCUUGCUCAGUUUAUCAAAAUAUAUUUCCUCAAUUGGAACAAAGGAUUCCAACUUUGUGCCCGCGUAGAAAUAUUCUCGUGUAAAGAAGAGGAGGAACGCAACAAUUUCAACAAACUUUCUCAGACAGUUCAUGUUCCACGCAGUAUAAAAGAAAACAUAGCUGAAGAUUGUUUGGACGUACUUAUGGCUGGCGGAACUUCAGAUGGCGUUUAUGUAAUAGAUCCUGGGAACGAAGGACCUUUUUCUGUUUACUGUGAUCAAACUACAGCCGGGGGUGGAUGGACCGUAUUUCAAAGACGAAUGGAUGGCGCAGUUGACUUCUAUCGCACCUGGGACGAGUAUGCGCAGGGGUUUGGUGACCCACGUAGUGAACAUUGGCUUGGAAAUGAUAAAAUUCUGCGAUUGACUAACGUCUUUACCAGUACCUUACGUGUAGAUCUUGAAAGGUUUUCUGGCAAAAAAGCUCACAGCCUGUACGGGGAAUUCAAGCUGACAGUUGGCUCCGAGGAUCAUUACAUAUUUCAUUUUCACAGCUUUGAUGGUCCAGGCGGGAAUGCUUUGGGACAGAUAAGAAGUAAAACUUUUUCAGCCAAAAAUAAAGGGGAAAAAGAAACUGUGGCUCAAAAACUUCACGGUGGAUGGUGGUACACGGAUGGUGAAAUGCUUUCGAAUUUGAACGGGAAAUACUACAGCACGUCGAAGAACGCAGCAGAUGGAAUAUAUUGGAAGAAAUGGACGGGCAAUAAAGAGAGCCUAAAAAGAACGAAAAUGAUGAUGCGAUCAACCGGAAAAGAUCGUACUGGAGUGCUUGGUGUGCAGCGUUUUGCUAGAGCUCACCAGUUCUUUACAAAUGGUCCAGAAAUUCCUGGCUUCCCCCGAACCAAAGCUAGGUUAAACUAUAACGGACAUUGGAAAGUGGCCAAUUCUGGUUACUACCUGCAGAUAAAUCUAAACACCUUGAAACGCAUCACGCAUCUGGCUACCCAGGGUGGAACCGAUUUAAAUUAUGUCAAGGAAUUCUAUGUUCGACUUCACGACGAAAGUAGUUUUUGGAAGGAUUAUAAAGAAAACGGCCAAUUGAAGAUAUUUGAAGGAAAUGACGAGCGGACGUUGGGGAAAAACUCGCACAUUGUCUCAAACUGCCUUUAUGAUACUGGUUUUACCAGAAAGAUACGCAUCCAUCCUCUCUCGUGCAGUAGUGACUUUUGUUCAUUGAGGAUGGAAUUGUACAGUUGUGAAAAUUCUUGUAGUUCGCCUUUGGGAGUUAGCAAUGGCUUACCCGAUGAUAGAAUAAACGCCUCAUCUUGGAAAGCUCAAAAACCUCCUCAUUAUGGUCGCCUUUCUAACACGAACGGCUGGUUUGCAGAAAAUCUGAAACCAAACGAGUUUUUACAAGUGAACUUUUUGGAAAUUGUUAGAGUAACUGCUGUCGCAACUGUAGGAUCUUCAGCCAAUUCACCCUCUUGCUUUGUCAAAAGCUAUGUAAUAAUGUACAAGGAUACAAAACGCAAGUGGAAAAAGUAUAAAAGAAAAAACGAUAAGGUAUUCCAUGGAAAUAUUAAUGCAUUUGUCACCAUUCGUAAUGAAAUUGAAGAACCUUUCCUGGCGCUUUCCUUGAGAUUUGUGGUAAAGACUUGGCAUAACGAUAUAUGUCUAAAAACUGAAAUAUAUGGUUGCUAUCCAGAUAACCCGAAAUUUUUGGUUUCUACCGACACUGCAAUUGCUGGAAGAGAUUUUCACAUUAAAGGAAGGUAUCGUUAUUGUGAGGAUUGCGAAUGUCCUGGUUGUAAAAAGAGCAUUUGUCUUCGUGUUUUCGGCAAAGUUCAUACCAUUGCCUCUCGUUUCUCAUAUGACUGCCUGCAUCAUGACUUCGAAAUUCCUCUACGUGCCUCUGAAGUUCCUGGUGUUUACAAAGUUUAUAUAUCAGACAGUGACCAGAGUGAUUGCAACAAUACAUCUAACGAGCGAAUGGUCGGAAGUAUUGCAGUCACCGAAGGUUACACAAGUUGCUUAGACUUGCUAUUGUCUGGUAAUACAAAAAGCGGACAAUAUUCAAUAGAUCCAGACGGAAAUGGCUCAAUCACGGUCUACUGUGAUCAAGAAAAAUUUGGUGGAGGAUGGACCGUAUUCCAACGACGUGUUGAUGGCAGUGAAAGUUUUAAUCGUGAUUGGGCGACCUACAAACAUGGAUUUGGAGAUCUUGAGAAAAAUUUCUGGCUUGGAAAUGAUUUUAUUCAUCGAUUAGCGCCCACCAAGCGUGAACUCUUGCUUGAUCUGAACUCUGAAAAGGGUGACCACGCAUUUGUUUUGUAUAAAUCAUUCCAAGUGAAUAGCGAAGAGGAUCUUUAUCGAUUACACGUCUCGAAAUAUCAAGAUUCUGUAGCUAAUUGUAUGCAAGGCGAAAAUGGUAAGCGAUUCACAACAUAUGACAGAGAUCAUGACAAUCAUAAGAAUGAAAAUUGUGCUGUAAAACGAAAAGGUGGUUGGUGGUUUUCAGCAUGUGGUCAAUGUCAUCUUAAUGGUGUGCAUGGAGGAAGUUGGGUGAAAGUAAUGAAGUUUAAUCUGUGGACGGGCAACGUGAGACUUAACAGAGCUGAAAUGAAAACACGAAAAAACAAUAUUGUCACGUGCAACGAGAAGUUUUGCUAUUAUUUGUUAAAAACAUCGCAUCACUGGCUCGCAGCGCGCGAGGAAUGUCGGCGAUUCCAUGCAGAUCUUCUGAGUGUCCACGACGCGGAUGAAAACCAGUUUAUUGUCGAUAAAAUACUUCAGGAACAAAACAUUGACCAAGUUCAUUUGGAAAUGCGUAAUAUUACAACGUGGACAGAUGGAAGCAAAGUUCUCUUUAAUAACUUUAAAACGCCUUUCAUCGGUUCUGCUUGCCCUGUCCUGCAAAAAGAUGGCAGUUGGAAAGUUCAGAAUUGUAAUGAACGAGAAACUGUCGUUUGCAAAAGAGGAAAAUACUGUUUUAAAGAACAAUGUUUUAUUUAUAAUGCGGAACAGAAGAUUUUUGCUGACGCGCAGAAUCACUGCCGUGACUUGGGUUAUGAUCUUGUGAAAGUUUCGUCUAAAAAAAAGCAAGAUUCUCUUAUGGAGUAUAUUCACUCAUCUACAAAAAACAGCUCAUUUCCAGCUUCUGUCUUGUUGGGUUUGAAACGAUUCAGUGAUUCUACUGCGUUUUCUUGGAUUGAUGGGACGUUCCCUGAUUUCAAUCUUUGGGCUGAAGACGAACCAAAUGAGCCCGAGACAAAGUUUUGCACAGAAUUACAACCCAGUGGAGUGUGGAAUGAUGCUGCAUGUGAUUCAGCCAGUUCAUUUCUUUGUGAAAAAGAUCUAGAUCCAGAUAAUGUGAAGCCCAAAGACUGUCUUGAAUUGCUUCUUUCUGGAAGAACACGAAGCGGUGUAUAUUCUAUUGAUCCCGAUGGCUUGGGUUCGUUUCAGGUUUAUUGUGACCAGGAUGCAAGGGGCGGCGGCUGGACCGUGAUCAUGAGACGCGCAGACGGAAUUGAGCCUUUCAACCGUACCUGGAAGGAAUACAGACAAGGCUUUGGUUCUUUGGAUCGAAAUUUCUGGCUUGGUAAUGAUCUGAUUCAUCGAUUAACUGAGACACCAAAUGAGGUUAUAUUCGAUAUUGCGUCCGAUGGAGGGGAUAACUCUGUUGUUUUGUACAAGAACUUCAAAGUUGGAAGUGAAAAAGAGAAAUAUAAGCUUACUGUAGACGAAUUUGACGAUCCUCAUCGCAGCGAUACAAUGAGUGGCAGCAAUGGGAUGUUUUUCACAACGGAAGACGCUGAUAACGACCAGGACGAUGGUAAUUGCGCGGUUAAAUUAAACGGUGGUUGGUGGCAUAAAUCUUGCGCUGAAGCAUUUUUGACAGGAACAUACGAGCCAAGUGAUCCAGCAUUCAAUAUGCGCUGGGGUGGAUGGAUUUUAUCAGGAGCAGAGAUUAAAAUACGCCGAAAAUCAAUUGUGUAUUGUUUCGAUGAAUAUUGCAUUUACCGGACGCGAAAGACGAGAUCAUGGCUGGAGGCUAUCGAUGAAUGCCGAAGCUUCAAUUCUGAUUUACCUUCUGCUAGUGAUCAGUAUUUUGUAAACCACUUAGCGAACUUAAGCGGCCAUGAUGAGACAUAUCUGGGCCUCGGAAUGGGAGAUAAAAAUACGUGGACUGACGGAACUACACUCGGAGUAGACCUUUUCACCGACCCAACUUUACCUGCUGACAAGUGUGUUAUUCUUAAAGAAAAUAAAAAAUUGACAAGCGUGGAUUGCAAUGAGCCAAAGUUCGUUGUUUGUAAAAGAGGAAAGGAUUGCUACAAAGGAGAUUGUUAUCAUUACAAAAACAAGAAAGUAGACUAUGAUCUCGCUGUGUCAAACUGUACUUCCUAUGGUUACAAUUUGCCAAAAAUUUCAAGCCGUGGCGAGCACCAGUUUACGACGAAAAUAAUACGUGUUUCCACAAAAGAUAGUUCAGUUCCUAUUGUCUUCACCAACUUGCAGUUAGUUGGAUCAGACUACCAAUGGGCGGACGGUACAAAGUUGCAAUACAAUAAAUGGGUUAAUGGUGAACCAAACGGUCUUAAUACUGGAGAAAGGCGGGUCUCUCUUAAUUCUGAUGGACUUUACGACGUCCCAGAUAAUCACCAGAGUACAAUUCUAUGCGAAAAAGUUGCCAUUGUGAGGAGUUGUUCAGAAGUCUCAACCAAAUACGCUCGUAGUGAAAGUGGAUAUUAUUCCUUUCAUACUGGCAGACCCAAGAUCAUCAAUGCUUAUUGUGAUUUGAACAGUCCCGACGGAGCAUGGACGGUUCUUCAGAGAAGAGUUUACAACACACCUCCGCUGAAUUAUUCCAGUAAAACAUGGGCAAACUACAAGGAUGGUUUUGGGGAUUCUGAGUCGAAUUUUUGGCUCGGAAACAAGAACAUUCAUGAGCUGACCAAGACACGGCAGAGGUUGAAAAUUACGCUGUGGACGGCGGAUUUUAAUGUUUAUGAAGCGAUUUACGAAGACUUCACUGUAGGAGACGAAGCUUCAAAGUUUGUGCUCAAUUUCGGCGCUUACUCAGGAACAGCAGGUGAUUCACUUUCAUAUCAUCGAGGAAUGAAAUUUUCUACCGUAGACGAGGCUAAUUUUCCGAAGCUAUCCGAUGCGUGCACGAGCAGUCAUCCAGGGGGGUGGUGGUUUAAUGGCUGUGUGGAAUCCAAUCUAAACGGCGUCUUUACUAGCAAGACAAACAAUCCUAAUACUGUGUAUUGGAAAACUAUCUCCCAGCCGAUUAUCAAGACAGAAAUGAAGAUGCAAGCUUACAAUGAAGUUCCAUCCUUUAUGCCUGAUGCUCUGAUUCAAAAUGAAAUCUCAACACUUGGGUUAACAUUUAACGAUCGUGCUUUGAAUAUCGAUAUGCAAACUUCGCACCAACACUGGAGAGCUAUGAUACCCAAACCUGGUCCAUUCACCACACACGUGGCAAUCACGUGGGAAGACCACUCCUACUUACGGUACUAUGAAAAUGGUACCCUAUUAGCUGAAGUUGCGGCUGUAUCAGAUACUAAACUACCGAAUCCAAAUAAGACAAACAUUCAAUUUAUUUGGUUAAAUGAGUUUACUGUAUUUGACCGACAGUUGGACGCAAAGGCACAAUACCAGAAAAAAAUAUUGACGUUUGACGAAGAAGAAGAUUUGUGGAACCGCAGCGUGUCUACCUACCAAUGGAACAUCAUGAAAGGCUGCACGUCAAGUAUUCAAACCGGACCUUGUGGUGACCAUACCUCUUUGAGGAGUAUUGGUUCGUAUGCAUAUGCCGAGGCCUCACCGGCGGCUCCUGGUGAUCAAACCUUUCUCAAAAGUCGUAAUCUUCUUGGUUUAUAUAAUUGUCUCUCAUUCUGGUAUCAUAUCUUUGGUUCUGAUGCGGGAUCUUUAAAUAUUUACUUGACUACAAACUCUACAGUCUUUGGUAUCCCUGUCAGAAAUAUCAGCGGGAAUCGCGGAAACUUUUGGAGAUACAUGGAAGUUGAUAUUAACAUAAACAGCGUUUUCAAGGUUGUUUUUGAGGCAACUCGAGAUGAAAGUUUUUACACAGAUAUUGCGAUUGAUGACGUUACCCUCUCCGUGGACAAAUGCAAGCAUGAAUGUAUCCCACCUUGUGGUCCUGGAGAGAAAUGUGAUCAUUCCACAUUGCUUUGUCAUUACGAAGGUAUUUAUGAUCAUCGUUGGAAAUUGAACUCCUUAGAAAUGACCAAUAAUUCAACUACAUCUGUAAGCGGCCGAGUCGAUAAAACGGAAGGUGCGAUGGAUGGUGCUGUUCGACUCAAGGAAGAUGGGAAAAUUAUCUUUCGACAAUUUGAUAAUUUCUGUGAUGACAUCUGGUGCUUUCCUUACCUCACCAUUUCAUUUUGGUUAAAAUACGAAGAAGUCGUAAGCCAAGAUAUUCUUAUGUUCGGUGAUUUGGUCAAAGUUUCACAGAAUUCGGGAACGCCGGAAGAACAUAUUUCAUUUGAGUUGAAUUCUGCGGCUCAGAGUUGCAAGGCGAGUUUCUUCGUCCCUUCUGGUGUUUGGUCUCAUAUCAUAGUGACUCUUGUCCAUGAUUUGAUGAACCUGUACUUCGAUGGAAAACUUCUCAAUAAUUCUUUACAUCUUCAAUGCACGAAGAGAAAUGAGUUAAUGGAUUUCCCAAAUAUCAAUUUAGUCGCUGGUGGAUCUGGCAACGUGGAUUUCGCUCUAGAUGAUGUACGAGUAUUAUUUGAUGUGUUACCUAAUGAAACUGUCAGGUGGUACAAAGCAAACACAGGCAUCCAGCAGACAAUUUUUAUUCAAGCGAAACUGACGUCACAAACGUGGAGCAGCGAUUUACUAAAUGACGAAAGCAAAGAUUUUACAACUUUGUCAAAAUUGAUCCAGGAUAAGGUUAUGGAAACGUUAGCAGAUGAAUCAAACUUGACAGAGGUCAUUAUUGAGCGAUUCAGGCAUGGAAGUGUUGUCGCUGAUGUAUCCCUCGUUUACGAUAAGGUUUCUUACCAAGACAUACUGUUGGUUGAAGAAGCUCUUUUCAUUAAUAAUUCAUUCAAUGGCUUGGACGUUCAGGGUAUUGCAAUCAACUCAACCUCAGUUUCUAACGUCAGUCCCUCAAUUAAUGCAAGUUCCCCGAACUCCACAGCGCUUAUAGUCAACUGGACCGACGUGAGCUCAUUUUACCUCAACGGUGUUUUCCAGGGAUACAAGUUGUUCUAUCGUGAAACACAUAACUCAUCUUAUACUAAGUAUUCUGUCAUAGUUUUCUAUGGGAAUCACACAGGAUGUUUGAUUACGGAUCUACAACCGUUGACGAACUAUACGAUACGAGUGCUGGCAUUUACCCUGAGUGGAGAUGGCCUUCUCAGCGAUGGUCGUUUCAGUGUAAACACACUGGACGGACCUGUGACGGACAGCCCAAAUGUAGCGCUAACUAACAUAAGUUCCUCUGCACUCUACGCAAACUGGACUAUAUUACCUAACUCAACAGAAAUCUACAAGAAGUUUCUCGGUUAUUAUGUUUUCUUUUGGAAACAAUCCGAUAUUAACAGUACUCUCCAAAUCAAUGUCACAAAUAGUAACAACAUGUUGUUGGACAACCUAGAAAAAUGGACAACGUAUUGUUUUAAUGUUUCUGGUUAUACUGCCGCAGGCAUUGGACCACCAAGUGAGACACGAUGCACUAAAACUAUGGAGGAUGCUCCUGAAAAAGAACCAGCAAAUGUAACAAUUGUCGAGCUCACUGCGUCGUCAAUAAAGCUGCAAUGGUCACCACCAGAGCCUUCCGCAGUACCUGGAAUUAUCCGUUUUUACAAUCUAACCUAUCGAUUGUUAAACACCAGUGAUUCGGAGAUAACGUCGUUGACCGAAGAUGAAACAUCGUACACUAUCGUUGGACUCCGUGCAUAUUCGUAUUACCUGAUAAACAUCUCAGCAUUUACGGUUUCCAUCGGACCAACUCGCAGUCUUUAUAUUUUGACGAACGAGGCGGAGCCGUCUGCUCCUCCAGCUGAUGUAUCUUUGGUUAACGUGAGUUCCACAGCACUUCAAUUAAACUGGACUGUUUUACCCAAACACCUCCACAAUGGUGUCCUGUUGGGCUAUCGUAUUCUAAUCUGGAACCAGUCUAAGGGAAUCGACUCUGGUGGAAACAUGACCGUCUCAACCACAACCUUUAACAAGCAGAUUGAAAAUCUUUUAAAAUGGACUUCCUACUGUGUCCAGGUUGCCGCCUUCAACAGGAUUGGUGAUGGACCAUUUUCUAACGUUACUUGUUCCAGAACAUUCGAAGAUGCUCCGGAGGAACCACCGAGGGAUUUUAAAGCCACUCAGAUCACUAAAUCGAGUAUGAAGCUAGAAUGGCUUCCUCCUAGUGAUGAUGCAACGCCAGGCAUACUUCGUCAAUACAACAUCACGUAUCGUAAUCUCAACUACACUGACAACCAAUACACAGAGAUUAAUUACGGCCCGUCCGUGACGUCACAUACAAUGGAGCAACUGAUUGGUCUAACUUUGUACGAGAUCAAUAUUACAUCAUCAACAAUACGAUCUGGACCGUGGGACAGUAUUCUUGUGUUAACAAAAGAAGGAGUUCCCAAUGUUUUACCAAAUAUCUCCUGGUACAACCUCAGCUCCACUUCAAUUAAAGUAGAAUGGUCUGAGAUUCCACCACCGCUUCGGAAUGGCAUAAUUUUAGGAUAUACCAUUUAUCUUUGGAAACAAGUGGAAGGGCCAUCAACUGGUACAAACUUUUCGGUGACACAAACAACUAAAAUAUUUGAAAAUUUGGAGAAGUACACUUUCUACUGUGGUCAGGUUGCAGCUUAUACAAAAAUCGGAGAAGGACCACGAUCUCCUGUCGAGUGUAUUCGAACCUCUGAAGAUGCACCUGAAGUAUCUCCCACUAACCUGAAUACAACCAACGUCACUUGGAGUUCAUUUUUCCUGACCUGGGAUCCAAUUGAUCCAUCCUUCAUCCCCGGUAUAUUGAGAUCAUACCAUAUCAAAUACAAGAUCAUUGAUCCCAGAUUCACACAAUUUAAUGGGAUUUACGACGGUUCUUUGCUGGUUGAUGGUAACACUACCUCGGUCAAUGUGACUGGAUUGAUUGGAUGGACUCAAUACGAAGUUCUGGUUACUGGAGUUACAAUCAAAGAUGGUCCUGCAAAUAUAACAUAUUUGCAAACGGAAGAAGGAAUUCCAAAAGCAUCACCGGAUAAUAUCACAAAUGAAAUAACGUCUACAACAAUCAUCAUAUCCUGGAAAAAGAUUGCUCUGCCUGAAAGACACGGGAAGAUCAAAGGCUAUAAAGUGACUUACCAGAAACAGAGUACAAGAAACAGAAGAGAUGUUGACAUGAAAACACUGACUACUGAUGCAGACACCCUUACCACGUUCAUAUUCAAGCUGAAACCUUACACGAAUUAUACCGUGACUCUGGCUGGUUUUACCUCAAAAGGAGUAGGAACGAGAGAGAUUAUGAGAAUUGAAACACUUGAAGGAAUUCCUGGUGUCUCGCCAAAGAACGCGUACGGCGUCAACUUCACAAGUCCGACAACGAUAUUUGCUGGUUGGGGUCCACUGAAUACAGACGAAUUACAAGGACGCUUGGUUGGGUACGAAGUACGAUACAGAGUAUUCUCGGUUGCAGAUGAAAUAGUGCAAGACCCGCCACGUGAGAUGACGAAGAUUAUAUAUUCUGAUAUUAAUGGUAUCACAUUAACUGGACUGUCAACGUUCACAACGUACACUGUUUCAGUCGCAGCUCUGUCAGGAGGAGGGACUGGUGUCAAAUCCGAUGUCCUUUAUGUGGCAACCUGUCGAUGCUCCAAGCGUUUAACCACAAACUACUGGAAUAUACAACCUUACACUAAUAUCUCGAGAGAAAAUUACUUUCAAGGAUUCUUUCCUCAUCUCUUGAACAUGGUCACACUAGCCUGUUGUCAAACUUGCCUGGAGCAUGGUACUUCAGAAAUAGAUUAUUUUCGAGAUGGCCAGGGAAAUCCUUCCAUAAGAACCUCUGAUAUCGACGUGAAGAGAAAUUUAACACUGGCAACUGACUUUAGUUUUCCAAUCUAUGGUUUCGAAGGGCAAGAAUCGUACUCGAAAUAUUACGGUUAUUCACCAAUUGUCCAAAUAGUAGGAACAGUGUUUUUUGUAAAGAAACCAGAUUACAGUCUGACACAGGGAAAAGCAUUGUUGCAGUCGGUCCUGCCUGUUCUACCGUUCAUUGCCAUCACAGUACUCUUCGCUUAUAUAGCUGGAGUGAUCAUUUGGGCACUCGAACAUGGCGAAAAUGAAGAAGAAUAUCCUCAGAAAUUCAUCCGAGGAGCCGCAAAUGGCUUUUGGUGGGCAUACAUUUCAAUGACAACUGUCGGAUACGGCGAUAAAACAGCGCGAACGAUUGCUGGUCGUGUCUUUGCAGUCGUGUGGGUUCUUACUGGUUUGGUUAUUUCUUCAUUAUUAAUCGGAUCAAUAUGCACAGCCUUCACAACUUCAACAACACCACCACAAUCUUCGACAAUGAACUUGUAUGGUGCUAAGGUUGCUGCCCUGCAAGAUUCGCCCGAUCACAAGCUUGGAGUUCGAAGGAAUGCAAAAGUAAAUACGAUGAAACAAUACUGGUCAUUAAACGAACUCAAAGAAGCUGUUUUGAACGACAAAGUGGAUGGGAUUUUAAUUGACACAUACGUGACUGAUUCGCGACGUGAUUUGUUUCAAGAUACGCGAUUACAAAUUAAGCAAGUGAUCGAUUUGAAAGCAUCAUAUGGGGUUGUUUUGGGGGAAAAUGCCACGAAACUUCGGAAAUGUUUUAAAAAGUUUUGGAAAGAGAAUAACGUGAAGAGAAACAAUUAUAUCGAAGCUAACAGCGAUCCAGUCGUGAUUGCACCAACAUCUGUAGAGGAACUUCUAAGCGAGACAUUUAAUCCUCAAGGAUACAUGUAUUCAAUGACUCUCAUUAUUUGUGUCACUGGAUUGGGCGUAGGAUUUCUCUGUGGUUGUGUUUAUGAAAUAAUACGAUUGAACAGACGGAAUGUUAAAGUUCAGCCCGAAGCGGAAUCUUACCUAAAUGGAGAAGAGCUUAAAAAAGAAAUGCCUGCGUUGCGUGAUCCAAUAAUAAAAAAGAUUGAAGAACUUCAAAUCAAACAUAGAAAACAAAUUCAUAAACUAAGAAAUGCGAAGGAGAAAGAUAAGGAUAUUAACUGAUUGCCACAAUAAAGUGAUAUAUGCAUCAUGGCAAAGCUAUAUCGUAUGUGUUGUAUAAGUAAUACGUACAAAAAAUGUAACCAUCCAUUGUCUAAAAGUUUAGUGUCUUAAAAGUUGGAUGAUAAAUAUAGAAUUCAUAGGAGUCAAUCAUAUUAUAUCAUUAAACUCACUCUAAAAAAACUAUUAUUUCAAAUCUUAAAUCCCACUUUAACACUUUUAGUGACAUAUAAAGCCACUUUAACAAAUGUAGUUACGUAUGAAAGUAUUCUAUGUCUAUUAUUU